AACUUAUCGCUAAAGACGGGCUUUCCUAAUCAGACAUUUAAGAAAACACCACUGAGAGGGAUAAAGCCCCCUAGAGGCCCUGAGGAGGACUGCACCCUGUCUGUGCUGUUAUCGUUUAUGUCCAUGUUUCUCUGUUGUCCCACAGGCUGUGUGUGCAUCCUUCAGUAAAAUGCUCGUGAUAGCUGGACACUUAUGAACGGACAUGGAGGCACUCAACGCCACACGGGACGACUUCCUACCCGAUGAUGACCCCGGAAAACUUGUGUACCAGGACUUCGAACAGAUAGCCGGUGCAGAUCCGCCAGCAUUGCCUACGUUGGUGUAUGAGGGGGUGGAUUUUCCAGAGGACCCCAUUAAACUGCUGAGUGUUCAGGUCGUGUUGAUUCUGGCUUACAGCACCAUCAUCGUGCUGGGGGUUCUGGGUAAUUCUCUGGUCAUAUACGUCAUCUACCGCUUCAAGACGCUUCGCACCGUCACCAACUUUUUCAUCGCCAACCUGGCAGUUGCCGACCUGCUGGUCAACACGCUGUGCCUCCCCUUCACCCUCGUCUACACGCUGCAGGGAGAGUGGAAGUUCGGCAGCACGCUCUGUUUCCUGCUGCCCUACGCCCAAGGGCUCACCGUGCACGUCUCCACGGUAACGCUCAACGUCAUCGCCCUGGACCGCCACAGGUGUAUCGUGUACCACCUGGAGACUAGGAUGCGUAAAGACGUGUGUUUCGGGGUCAUAGCUCUGACCUGGGUGCUGAGCGCCGUGCUCGCCAGCCCUCUCGCCAUCUUCAGAGAAUACCGCUCCUUUACCCUGGACCCGGGACACACAAUCCAGGGCUGCACGGAGAAGUGGCCCGGUAAGAACACGGACGGCACCGUGUACAGCAUCUCGAUGUUGAUCCUUCAGUACUUCCUGCCGCUGUCCAUCAUCUCCUUCGCAUACGCCCGCAUCUGGUCCAAACUGCGAGCUCACGUCAGCCCAGCAGAGAACGGCGGCGGCAGCAGUGCGGGAUCCGAGCGCCACCGGCGGCGGCGUAAAACCACCAAGAUGUUAGUGACCAUGGUGGUGGUGUUCGCUGUCAGCUGGUUGCCCUUCCACGCCUUCCAGCUGGCCACAGACAUCGACAGCACGGUGCUGGACAUGCGCGACUACCGCCUGCUCUACACCGUCUUCCACGUGGUCGCCAUGUGCUCCACCUUCGCCAACCCGCUGCUCUACGGAUGGAUGAACAGAAACUACCGCGCAGCCUUCCUCGCCGUCUUCAAGUGUCAUAAGGGCGGCGAGAGGCGGAGAGACAGCAUCCAUCCUGCUGGAGGGGGGGGAGGGGGGAGAGGGGGGGGGAGGGCCAAGAAGAUCGUGCUUGAAACCCAAGACGUGGUCUCCACCCGGCUGAACGCCACCGACGUGUGAGAG